AAAACUUUCCUGGCAUCCAAACAGAUGCAGCAAAACCCUGUCUCCAGACCUGGAGGCAUCAUCCAUAACCUCCAAUAGAUGGAACUUCCAAUGGUAAUAAAUUCAGACAAUGGUGGUUGUCUCUUCUUCUGCUUCUGCAUCAUCCAGAAAGGUACUACUUCCUUUACUACUCAAACCCAUAUUAACCUCUCAUUCAUUCAUAUUUUCAUCUAUCACUCACUACUCUUCACUGUCAAAAACCCUAGUUGACCAAAUCACAAGAGCAUUUUACCAAGAAAACCUCAAGCUCUUGGAUCGCAAAACUCUCUCCAAUUUACAAUCCCACCAUGUGGAACCAAUUCUUUUCCAUCUCCGCUCCAAACCCAGUUCGGCAAUUCGGUUCUUCGAGUGGUCCGAGAAUUUUCUAGGGUUUAACCACACACUUGAAUCUUUUUGCUGUCUUUCCCAUGUUUUGCUCAGCAAGAGACUAUUCGAUCCUGCUAAGCGGGUUUUCGAUAGAAUGGUUGGAAAGUUUGGGGGUUUAGAUGUUGUCUCUGUGUUGUGCAAGGGGUUUAAGAAUUACGGUUCGAAUCCUAGCACAGUGUAUAGCUUCGUAGUUGAAAAUUAUUGUAGAAUUGGGAUGGUUGAUCGAUCGUUUGAAGUAUUUAUUCAAAUGUCUGAAAUGGGUAUUCCAUUAUCAACAUAUGCGCUAUCAACAAUGUUGAGUUCUUUGGUGGAUUCGCAGCGUAUUGACUAUAUUUUGGAUGUCUAUGGAAAAAUGGGUAAUGGUCAGAGAGAAGAGCAGAGCGGGUGUUUGAACGUGUAUGAUUUUGUAAUUAAUGGUUUUUUCAUGAAGGGUGAGGUUGAAAUGGGUUUAAAUUUUCACCAGGCAAUGAUUGAGAGAGGGUUUAUGCUUGACAUUGUUGCUUGCAAUAAGAUUCUAAAGAGACUUUGUAAAGGUAAUUGUAUAGGAGUUGCUUCCAAUUACUUUUCCUUGAUAGCAAAGAUAGGUCCAAAACCAAGUUUGGUGACAUUUAGCACAUUGAUUAAUGGGUAUUGUAAAGAGUUAAGACUGGAGGAGGCAUUUGAUCUUUACAAUCUUAUGACAAGGAUGGGUAUAGCUCCUGAUCUAAUUAUUUAUAGUAUUCUCAUUGAUGGACUCUUCAGGGUAGGGAAGUUAGAUGAGGGACUUUGUCUUCUCUUGGCUGCAUUGGACAGAGGCAUGACAUUAGAUGUGGUGGUUUUUAGCUCCGUGAUCAAUGCGUAUGUGAGAAUUGGAGAUUUAGAAAAGGGGAUUGAAAUAUAUAAUAGAAUGUUGAAAGAAGGGAUUACACCGAGCAUUGUCACUUAUAGCAUACUCAUAAACGGUUUGUGUCAAAAGGGUUGGCUUCUUGAAGCUUGUGGUAUACUUGGUCAGAUUAUAAAGCAAGGAUUUGAGCCGUCUGUUUUAACUUAUAGUAGUCUCAUUGAUGGCUUCUGCAAAUGUGGAAAGUUGAAAGAUGGGUUUGAUUUGUAUGAGGAUAUGGUAAAGAAGGGCCAUACUCCUGAUGUCAUUGUUUAUUGUGUGUUCGUAACUGCUCUUAGCAAACAAGGGCGGAUGGUUGAUGCUCUUAUGUUCUUCUACAGGGCAGUGAAGAGGGGUUUAAUACCUAAUGUUUUUGUUUUUAACAGCUUAAUUGAUGGUUGGUGCAGAUUGAAACAAAUAAAGGAUGCUGUAAAGCUAUACAUCCAUAUGGGUCUGUAUAAUAUAAUUCCAGAUGUAGUUACUUAUACCGUGCUUAUUAAGGGGAUUGCUGAGAAAGGGAGACCAGGAGAGGCAUUAAUUCUGUUCUUCCAGAUACUGAAGAGGGGUUUUUCUCCGGAUGUUGUAACAUAUUGUGCUCUCAUUGAUGGGUUCUGCAAUCAAAAGAAUUCAGCGGCUGGUUUACAGAUUUUUCAGUUGAUGCUCAACAAUGGAGUAAAUCCUGACAUCACCAUUUAUAAUGUUCUCAUUAACAUGUUUUUCAGGGAAGGCCUGUUGAAAAAUGCAUUGGAACUUUUCCGGAAGGUUCACAAGUGUGGGCCAGAACCUGAUAUUGUGACGUACAACACUAUGAUUUGUGGUUACUGCUCUUUGAAAAUGUUGAGUGAGGCUGUUCAACUUUACGAAGAGCUGAAACAUGGAUGGAUUAAACCCAAUGCCAAAACUUUCACUAUCCUGAUUGAUGCUUUUUGUAAAGAAGGUAGGAUGGAUGAUGCUAUGAUAUUAUUCUCCACAAUGCUGGAAAAAGGUCCGGAACCUAAUGUGGUCACUUAUAGUUGUUUAACUGAUGGUUAUUUCAAAUCCUAUAACAUGAAAAAUGCUUUUGAGCUUCAUGAAGAGAUGUCCCGGAGCAAUAUAUCUCCAAAUAUUGUGAGUUACAGCAUCUUGAUUGAUGGUCUAUGUAAAAGGGGGCUCGUGGAGGAAGCUUCUCUUGCAUUCCGUUGUGCUGUAAACCAGCAUUUAUUGCCUGAUGUCAUAGCAUAUGGUAUUUUGAUUCGUCAUUACUGCAAGGUUGGAAGAUUAGCGGAUGCUAUGAUGUUGUAUAACCGUAUGCUGGAAGACGGCAUAAUGCCAGAUAGUCUUUUACGAGGUGCACUUGCAGAGUACCAUCUUCAAAAUGGUCAGAGAAAAGAAUAUAUGCUCGAGUGAUUGAUCUACAAUGCUACCAAGAGGUUUUCAGGCUCACUUUAUGUGACUUCCAAUUGCUUAAGUAUGUCAAGUUUUGCUUUUCGCAAUUGUUUGGUGAAAAUGUGGUGAAUCAAAUGACGGGUCAAGUGAAAGAUUGUUUUGACUCAUUUGUAGGAGCAUUACGUUGCAAAUUAUUCAAGUUCUGUGGAAGUGCCUAAUGCAAGUAAUGCAAGUGAUGCAUCAGGGAUGGUGAUUGAUGAUGAUUGUGACAAUCCUUAUUUGCUCAUAUAGCAUCUUAAUUUAGUACCUAUUUGGAUGUUGAAUACUCCAUCAUGGGCAACUUAGAAGUGGACAAGUACUUAGGCUUUGUUUGGAAAGUUGGCUAUUUUAGUAGGUUAUUUUAGUUUUUGAUUAUUUUAGUAAGCUAAAAUUUUUUUGUUUGGAAGAUGGAUUUUUUUGUAGUUUGAUGUGAUAUUUGUAAGAGAAAAAGUGAAAUGAUUAUGAGUUUGAUGUAACAUUUUGUCUUAUUUUUAGCCUAUUUUGUCUUUUUGUUGAUUUUAACCUAAAAGCCCAAUUGUAGCCUUUGGCAAACAAGGCCUUAGUUGACUUUUGUGAAGGAGAGACCUGAGAAAUUUGAUAUAUUGGGGUUGUGGAAGGCAAAUUCAUCAAAGUAUCGUGUGUUGUCCCAAUUGGCUCGUGAUGUAUUAGCCAUGUCCGUCUCAACAGUUGCUUUAGAGUCGGCAUUUAGUAUGGGAGGACGCAUAUUUGAUCUUGUUCGCAGUUCACUCUCUCCUAUGAUGGUGGAGGUACUUGUUUGUGCACAAAAAUGGAUGAAGUAGAAGAAUUUGAACAAUAUGUUUCAGGUGGCUGUUGAUACCACAAUCUUCCUUUGGCGGACUGUUGAUAUUACAACCUUUUGUUUACUUAAUUAAUGUCUAUCCUUUUUCUCUAGGAAUUUCUUUAUAUCCUCUAUUAAGUAGUAAUUUCGGUUCAGUUUAGUUUGUAGGUGGAUGAAUGUAAUAACUCCUACCUAGCAGGUCUGUUUUUGAAUUUGGUGUGGUUGGCAAUCAAAUUGGCAGGUGUUACAGUGCUGAGGCCAUUUUUUUUUUCUGUGAUUUGUUUCGGAGUGCUCUGAAUUUUUUAUGCCAUUGUCACUUGCCAAGCCUUGAUAGUUUGAUCUAGAUGUUCUUAAAGGGUUUAGAUAUUGGUUUAAACAUGUUUCCAAGCCUUGAUUGUUGGAGAUUGCAUAAUAAUGUUUAACUCUGGAUGUGGAUGGUUUGGAAUUUGAAGGAUUUAAAUGGGCUUUUCAUGCAUUUUUGUUGA